AUGCCCGGGCCCCGCGGGGCUGCUGGCUGCCUGGCCCCUGAGAUGCGCGGGGCGGGGACGGCGGGGCUGCUGGCGCUGCUGCUGCUGCUGGGCCCGGGCGGCGGGGCCGAGGGGGGGCCGGCGGGCGAGCGGGGCGCCGGCGGGGGCGGGGCGCUGGCCCGCGAGCGCUUCAAGGUGGUCUUUGCGCCGGUGAUCUGCAAGCGGACCUGUCUCAAGGGCCAGUGUCGGGACAGUUGUCAGCAGGGCUCCAACAUGACGCUCAUCGGAGAGAAUGGCCACAGCACCGACACGCUCACGGGCUCCGGCUUCCGCGUGGUGGUGUGUCCUCUGCCCUGCAUGAACGGUGGCCAGUGCUCCUCCCGAAACCAGUGCCUGUGUCCCCCGGACUUCACCGGUCGCUUCUGCCAGGUGCCCGCUGGAGGAGCUGGUGGGGGCACCGGCGGCUCAGGCCCUGGGCUGGGCCGGGCCGGGGCCCUGUCCACAGGCGCGCUGCCGCCCCUGGCUCCAGAGAGCGAGUCUGUGGCCAGCAAGCACGCCAUCUACGCGGUCCAGGUGAUCGCGGAUCCGCCCGGGCCUGGGGAGGGGCCCCCUGCCCAGCAUGCAGCCUUCCUGGUGCCCCUCGGGCCGGGACAGAUCUCCGCAGAAGUGCAGGCCCCGCCCCCCGUGGUGAACGUGCGCGUCCACCAUCCGCCCGAGGCCUCGGUCCAAGUGCACCGCAUCGAGGGGCCGAAUGCUGAGGGCCCCGCCCCCUCGCAGCACCUGCUGCCGCACCCCAAGCCCCAGCACCCCCGGCCACCCACCCAGAAGCCCCUGGGCCGCUGCUUCCAGGACACACUGCCCAAGCAGCCCUGCGGCAGCAAUCCCCUCCCGGGCCUCACCAAGCAGGAGGACUGCUGCGGGAGCAUCGGCACCGCCUGGGGCCAGAGCAAGUGCCAUAAGUGCCCCCAGCUGCAGUACACAGGGGUGCAGAAACCAGGACCUGUACGUGGGGAGGUGGGCGCUGACUGCCCCCAGGGCUACAAGAGACUCAACAGCACCCACUGCCAGGACAUCAACGAGUGCGCGAUGCCGGGCAUGUGUCGCCAUGGGGACUGCCUCAACAACCCAGGCUCCUAUCGCUGUGUCUGCCCACCUGGCCAUAGCUUGGGCCCCUCCCGAACGCAGUGCAUUGCGGACAAGCCAGAGGAGAAGAGCCUGUGUUUCCGCCUGGUGAGCCCUGAGCACCAGUGCCAGCACCCACUGACCACGCGCCUCAGCCGCCAGCUCUGCUGCUGCAGCGUGGGCAAGGCCUGGGGUGCCAGGUGCCAGCGCUGUCCCGCUGAUGGCACCGCUGCCUUCAAGGAGAUCUGUCCAGCUGGGAAGGGGUACCACAUCCUCACUUCCCACCAGACGCUCACCAUUCAGGGCGAAAGUGACUUUUCCCUUUUCCUGCACCCGGAUGGGCCACCCAAGCCCCAACAGCCCCCGGAGAGCCCCAGCCGGGCGCCGCCACCUGAGGACACCGAGGAAGAGCGAGGGGUGAGCACGGACUCACCAGUGAUUGAGGAGCAGUCAGCUCAGCAGAGCCACCCGAUCGCCACCACGUCUCCCGCCAGGCCCUACCCGGAGUUGAUCUCCCGGCCCUCACCACCCACUGUGCGCUGGUUCCUGCCAGACCUGCCCCCAUCCCGCAGUGCGGUGGAGAUCGCUCCUACUCAGGUCACAGAGACAGACGAGUGUCGUCUGAACCAGAACAUCUGUGGCCACGGAGAGUGCGUCCCGGGCCCCUCGGACUACUCCUGCCAUUGCAAUCCGGGCUACCGGUCGCACCCGCAGCACCGCUACUGCGUGGACGUGAACGAGUGCGAGGCGGAGCCAUGCGGCGCCGGGAGGGGCGUCUGCAUGAACACGGGCGGCUCGUACAACUGCCACUGCCACCGCGGCUACCGCCUGCAUGUCGGCGCCGGGGGGCGCUCGUGCGUGGACCUGAACGAGUGCGCCAAGCCCCACCUGUGCGGCGACGGCGGCUUCUGCCUCAACUUCCCGGGCCACUACAAGUGCAACUGCUACCCCGGCUACCGGCUCAAAGCCUCACGACCGCCCGUGUGCGAAGACAUCGACGAGUGCCGAGACCCUAGCUCCUGCCCGGAUGGCAAAUGCGAGAACAAACCCGGGAGCUUCAAGUGCAUUGCGUGUCAGCCCGGCUACCGCAGCCAUGGGGGCGGGGCCUGCCGCGACGUGAACGAGUGUGCCGAGGGCAGCCCCUGCUCGCCUGGCUGGUGCGAGAACCUCCCAGGCUCCUUCCGCUGCACGUGCGCCCAGGGCUACGCGCCUGCGCCGGAUGGCCGCAGCUGCCAGGAUGUGGAUGAGUGCGAGGCUGGGGAUGUGUGUGACAAUGGCAUCUGCACCAACACACCAGGCUCCUUCCAGUGUCAGUGCCUCUCUGGCUACCAUCUGUCAAGAGACCGGAGCCGAUGCGAGGACAUCGAUGAGUGUGACUUCCCCGCAGCCUGCAUUGGGGGUGACUGCAUCAACACCAAUGGCUCCUACCGAUGUCUCUGUCCCCAGGGGCAUCGGCUGGUAGGCGGCAGGAAGUGCCAAGACAUAGACGAAUGCAGCCAGGACCCCGGCCUGUGCCUUCCCCAUGGGGCCUGUGAGAACCUGCAGGGCUCCUACGCUUGCGUCUGUGAUGAGGGUUUCACGCCCACCCAGGACCAGCACGGCUGUGAGGAGGUGGAGCAGCCCCACCACAAGAAGGAGUGCUACCUUAACUUCGAUGACACGGUGUUCUGCGACAGUGUACUGGCCACCAAUGUCACCCAGCAGGAGUGCUGCUGCUCGCUGGGGGCUGGCUGGGGAGACCACUGCGAGAUCUAUCCCUGCCCAGUCUACAGCUCAGCUGAGUUCCACAGUCUCUGCCCAGACGGAAAGGGCUACACCCAAGACAACAACAUUGUCAACUACGGCAUCCCAGCCCACCGUGACAUCGACGAGUGCAUCUUGUUCGGGGCGGAGAUCUGCAAGGAGGGCAAGUGCGUGAAUACGCAGCCGGGCUACGAGUGCUAUUGCAAGCAAGGCUUCUACUACGACGGGAACCUACUGGAGUGCGUGGACGUGGACGAGUGCCUGGACGAGUCCAACUGCCGGAACGGAGUGUGUGAGAACACGCGCGGCGGCUACCGCUGUGCCUGCACGCCCCCGGCCGAGUACAGCCCGGCGGAGCGCCAGUGUCUGAGCCCGGAGGAGAUGGAGCGUGCCCCGGAGCGGCGGGACGUGUGCUGGGCCCAGCGUGGAGAAGAUGGCAUGUGCGCGGGCCCCCUGACCGGGCCAACCCUCACCUUCGACGACUGCUGCUGUCGCCAGGGCCGCGGUUGGGGAGCCCAGUGCCGCCCCUGCCCGCCGCGCAGCGCGGGAUCCCAGUGCCCGACGUCGCAGAGUGAAAGCAAUUCGUUCUGGGACGCGAGCCCCCUGCUGCUGGGGAAGCCCCCUCGAGAGGAGGACAGCUCAGAGGAGGAUUCGGACGAGUGCCGCUGCGUGAGUGGUCGCUGCGUGCCCAGGCCGGGCGGCGCCGUGUGCGAGUGCCCGGGCGGCUUCCAGCUCGACGCCUCUCGUGCGCGCUGCGUGGACAUCGACGAGUGCCGAGAGCUGAACCAGCGCGGGCUGCUGUGCAAGAGCGAGCGCUGCGUGAACACGAGCGGCUCCUUCCGCUGCGUCUGCAAAGCUGGCUUCGCGCGCAGCCGCCCGCACGGGGCCUGCGUGCCCCAGCGCCGCCGCUGACGCGGGGGCCCGGACCUUGGCCAUCAGCGGGGGGUUUCCGCCUGACCCUCCGGGCGAGCUCAGCCCCCAUCACCUGCCCUGACUCAGGGCUCGGACCCGGGGACUCUCCAGGGCCCUCAGAGAGUUUCGAGUUUCGAGGGCGGCCGUAGCAGCGCUGCCCAGUUCACAGGUGGAGAUCGGGUCUCGGGCACUGGUGGCCUUCCUCCCAGAGGGCAUUUCCUGGAACCUGAUAAAUCAGAUAGUGCCUCUUUACUCUCGGCUUUCGGAAGCAAAUUGAUGUUCAUGUCUGUGGCGGGCGUGGACUCCACAGGGCAGCGCCAGACCCAAGCCUCCUGGGAGGGGCUGCACUGAGCCCAGCACAGGGGUGUGAAAUAGAAUUUAUUGUGGCUCUGAUUAUGUACACGUGAGACGUGCCUGGCCGGAACUGGCCGGGCUGGCAUGGUUUGUACAAUAAAUACAUCCGCGGGGCCCGCUCUCCGCGGCUACGAGCGCCCACACCGGCAGUUCAGUCCAGCUUGCGGGUUCCCAGCUUCAUGGGGCCCUUGGCCGCCUUCUUCUCGGCGCGUUUGGCCUCCAUCUCCCGCCGACGCUCCUCGCGCUUCUUCCGGGCCAGCUCGGCCUUCCCUUGUCCUGGGAGCAAGAGGAGGAGGAGGUGGGCUGAGGGCUUCAGAAGCACAGGGGGCUCGGCUGCCCAGCCCGCACCUGCCCCAAGGUCAACAGCCCUAGCCGGUCAGCCCUCAGAAGGGAAGCACUUACGGCUCUCCGUCUCCAGACCCUCCCAGUUGUCAUCGCCCCAUGAAUCAGGUCUCAGCUGAAAGGGAAGUGUGGCUGGAGUGGGGAUGGACUCCCAGCUGAGGUCCACCCCAGUCUGUACCCUCGCCCAGACGGGUGCCACGUACCUGGGCGCCAGCUUCCCGUCGUGCAGACAGGGCAGCAAAGGGAUCACCUUUGUCACCAGGCUCCGGGCCACCCCAGUUAUACUCGCUGGCCAGCCGUGUGCCCUCAAGGGGUGGCUCUGGGGGACCUGGCUCCUGCCAGCCCUGCUCCCAUGAGCCCUCAGCUUCCCAGCUGCUCCAGUCUGACUCAGGGGAUUUGGCGGCCAGGUUGCUGGUCUGCAGAAGGUGGGGAGGUAGUGCCAGAUGGAGUAAGGGUGGGGAGCUGGCCCCACCCCCCAUAGAAACACCCGUGUCCCACCCUGCUUACCUGCCCAGCACGACUAGCCUGGACCCCAGGACUCCAGUCUUCCUGCUGGGCCAACACAGAUUCAGCCUCCUGCUGCAGUGUGGGAAGGAGAGGGCGGCCACAGAUACUCCAGCCCCCACCCAAAGGGCAAGGAAGCCUGCCCGCCCCUUCCCAGCCACAGGCUCCACCCUUUCUUCUUUUGCGUUCCAUCUCUUUUGCUCCUCAAGCCUUGUUUCCCAUCUCUGGAGUGGACAUGC